AUUUUAAAAUGCUCAUGCCUGUCUGAAGCUUCUUUAGUGUCAGAACACAAAACCAAGACAAUAGAAUCUGAAAAACAUAGAGAGAGAAAGCUAGUUAGAGAGAGAAAGUUAAGAGUUUAUUUAUAAUUUGGAAAAAAACAUUGAGCUAGUAAACAAAAUUAGUUGUUGGUAUUUUAUUUUUCUUUUCUUCCUAUGUUUUGUAUGGAUAUGAAGAAGAAGUUAGAUUCAUUUCCAUGGACAAAACUUAAGAAUGAACCAUUUUGUAUGCUACAUAGAACAAGACAACACUAAUAUAUACAAAAACAAGAAACAACUCAGAAACAACAACAGUUCUAUUAUUAUUCCACACAAAUGGCUGCUUAUAACUCUCAUUGUCAUAAUCUCACUCACUCAAUGAUUCCUUUUUUUGUUGUUUUCCUUCUUGUUUUUGCUUCUCCUGUCCUUACACAUGAUCAACUGAUCAACUCCGAUUCCGGCCACCGCUUUCCGGCUAAUCAGACGUUCCGGCCGGAUAAAGAAAUUUUGAAGCUCAAAAGAAUCAAUGCUUAUCUUAAGAAGAUCAACAAGCCUGCUGUCAAGACAAUUCAGAGCCCUGAUGGUGAUAUAAUAGACUGUGUUUUAUCUCAUCAUCAACCGGCAUUUGAUCAUCCAAAGCUUAAGGGAUUAAAACCAUUGGAUCCACCAGAGAGGCCAAAAGGUAACGAGACUACAGAGACAGCAGCAACAGAGAGCUAUCAGCUAUGGAGAGAUUCAGGUCAAUUAUGCCCGGAAGGAACUGUGCCGAUAAGAAGAACAGUUGCAAAAGAUAUUUUAAGAGCAAAUUCUGUUAAAAGAUUCGGCAGAAAAUUAAGAAGACAUGUAAGAAGAGAUUCCUCAGGCACUGGUCAUGAGCAUGCAGUUGUAUUUGUUAAUGGAGAUCAAUAUUACGGAGCAAAGGCGAACGUAAACGUUUGGGCGCCACGCGUCGCCGAUCAAUACGAGUUCAGCUUGUCACAAAUUUGGGUCAUCUCUGGUUCAUUUGGCAAUGAUCUAAAUACCAUUGAAGCUGGUUGGCAGGUUAGUCCUGAGCUAUAUGGAGACAACUAUCCAAGAUUCUUCACUUAUUGGACAACUGAUGCAUACCAAGCAACCGGAUGCUACAAUUUAUUAUGUUCUGGGUUUGUUCAGACCAACAAUAAGAUUGCAAUUGGAGCUGCAAUUUCUCCAAGAUCCUCCUACAAUGGCAGACAAUUUGAUAUUGGCCUAAUGGUUUGGAAGGAUCCAAAGCAUGGAAACUGGUGGCUGGAAUUCGGGUCAGGACUAUUAGUAGGAUACUGGCCAGCAUUUUUGUUCAGUCAUUUAAGAAGCCAUGCAAGCAUGGUUCAAUUUGGAGGAGAAAUUGUGAAUUCAAGAUCCUCAGGCUACCACACAUCUACUCAAAUGGGCAGUGGCCAUUUUGCAACAGAAGGAUUUGGAAAAGCUUCUUAUUUUAGAAAUUUACAAGUUGUUGAUUGGGACAAUAAUUUAUUGCCAUUAUCAAAUCUUCAUCUCUUGGCUGAUCAUUCAAAUUGCUAUGAUAUAAGGCAAGGCAGGAAUAAUGUUUGGGGAACUUAUUUUUACUAUGGAGGUCCUGGUAGAAAUGUAAAUUGUCCAUGAAGAUAUAUAUAUAAAUUGGCAUAGCAUAUAGAGUAAGAUUAAUUCUUUGCGCAAUUUUUUUUUGUUUUUGACUACUAUAGGGCUUAGCAUGAUUUGGGUAUUUUGAUUUUUUUAUAUAUAUAUGACAUGCCCAGUCUUUUUUUUUUGUUUUUUUCCCACAUAAGAUGUCAAUUUUUUCCAUUUUUGGGAUUAUGUAAAUUUGGGAAACACAGGUUUGUUAAUAACACUGGAUUGUGUGUGAGUUUGUCCA